AUGAAAAAAGUCUGGAAACUUGCUUUUAUACUGGCCUGGGUUCAACUCCACAGCCUCUCUGCAUCCGAGAGUCCGCAGAAUGCUGAGUCGCUUGCGUUUAAAACCAAUGAUAUGGCCAGGAUUUUUGGAGAGAACGCCUCCUCCGAACAAGACAAAAGCAGCCUAUUCGACGUGCCUACUGUGACUUCACUAGAAUCCUCACGGGACCUCAACUCUCCUCAAGGGGCUGGUCAACCCCGGCGAUCAAGAGGAAGGCCGAGGAAAAAUCCGAUUGGUGAUACCCAGUCGGCUCCAAAGCGUAAACGAGUUGGCCAGGAUCUAAAUAUAGCUUCCCUGGAUGUGCCAGGGAAACGAGAACAUGGCAUCAUCUCACUUGAUUCAUCAAGUUCUGGAUCUCAUGGAUUGUACCCCGGUGAAUCAACUCUAGUACCAACUGCCUCACUACAAUUCAAUGUCGAUCCUUCUUUUGAAAGCAGUGGCCAAGGAAGAAGUCACAUUGCCUCAGACUACCAGCAAAGCAUCAGUCCACACUCCAGUGGGAUUAUAGAAGGUCAACAAGAAUAUGUCCACAGGAUCGAAGCAACCACCAGUAGUGUGCCUCCUGGGUUCGGUGGGGCUUGGAAUAUCCCCUUUGGGUCUUCCAAUGCGGCAGGGCAAGCACUUCAGGCUCCCGCCAUGCUGCCACCCACAUCCACCCAUGGCCACAAUACCAAUUUUGGUUCGGUUCGUAAUGCAGUCCAACCAGGAACUCACUUAUCUAACACAGGCGGUCCAAUUCGAAAAAUGUAUAGCGUUAUUUGGAAUUUUUACAAUGUGGUCAGGGAGGGUAGGUUUUUGGUUGUUUGA